AGAGGAUACAAUUUCCAGCGUGUGACUUUGCCAGUAAAGCGCCAAGGUGAUCCGAUCUAGGUCUUUUUGAGGAGUCCGAUAGGCUCACAUUGGAGCAAUAUUGAGACACAAUCCUUAUGCUUCUGAAUAUGAAUCGAAAUACCGUCCCUCAAUGCUGUAUAUGUACUUUCCACGGUGCGUGUGCAUAACGAUGACGCAGUGCCAAAAGGUAAUUUCGGUAUGCAGAGUACUGUACCACAAACUGCCUGUGGGGACAUGGCUUGACCGCCUGCCGGGGUUAAGCCUCAUCGCUCUCUCUCCGCGGGUGAUUCUUCAAAGAUGGGCUGUUAUUAUUAUUUCUCCAUCCGUCAUCAUCUCUGUUCUUUUGCCCUUUAUUAUUACCCCUCCACAUUUCUUCCGCUUCCUUUUUUAUAUUCAUUCUUAUCCGUGGUUGUUGUUGUUCCCGGGCUUUAAUCCUUUUCUUUCCCACAACACCCGUCAUCUGCGACCACGCGGAUAGCCCGUUGAGCCUCAUCCCGAGACUCCCCAGAGAAGCGGUUCUGCUCCAUUCGAGCCGCACGGAUUCCCACUUUCUCUACUUUAAGGAUGGAAUGAUGUGGAAUGCUGUGUUCUUUGCCAUGUCUGAGGCUGCCCAAGAACCCUUUGAUCCACCCUC